CGUAUAUCGACCGUGUGUUAUGCCAGUUACUCUUUUGUCGGUCCCAGAGAAGUAGAAAGUGUCCACCACGACAAUUCGUUCCCAAGGAAAAACAUCGGUACAGUUCGCAAUAUGGACGCGAAAGUGACUGUGAUUUGUUUGGCCGUUUUAGCCACAGCCCAGGCAGGCAUCCUGGUUCAAGACGCCCCACAAUGUCCAGAACAACACGGUGUCCAGGCUUACGCCCAUCCAGAAUCCUGUAACAUAUUCUUCCUUUGCACCAACGGCACCUUGACCGUAGAAACUUGCGAGAAUGGAUUGCUUUUUGACGGAAAAGGAGCCGUUCACAACCACUGCAAUUAUAACUGGGCUGUGCACUGUGGCGAAAGAAAAGCUGACUUGACACCUAUCAGUACUCCUGGAUGUGAAUAUCAGUUUGGCAUUUAUCCAGAAGCCCACACUUGCUCAACUAACUACAUCAAGUGCGUUCACGGAGAACCUCAUCCCGAAGCUUGCGAACCUGGACUUGUUUACGAUGAGAAGAUCCAUAGUUGCAACUGGCCUGAUCUUCUUUUGGAAACAUGUAAUCCUGAAGCUGUGGUAGGUUUCAAAUGCCCUACCAAAGUACCUUCCGGUAGCCCAGCUGCUAGAUUCUGGCCCUACCCCAGAUUUGCUGUACCUGGAGAUUGUCACAGAUUGAUCACCUGCGUGAACGGUCAUCCAAGAUUGAUCUCUUGCGGAGACGGAAAAGUUUUAGAUGAGAGUACCCUCACCUGUGAGGAGCCAGAGCACGUACCUCACUGUGCCAAUGCUUUGAGAAAAUAAAAAAUUGAACGUUCAUUUUUCAACAUCAUACACAUUAUGAAUUUCAAAAUAAAUUGUUUAAAUUUGUUAUAACUUAUAAAUAACUUUGAAUUUAAUGUUACCAAUUUUAGUUUUUAGUUCAACAUAAUAUCUCUUUUAAUAACAUCUUCGUAUCUCAAAAUUAGGCAAUUGUCAUGAAUCAUUUUGUAAAUAGAUAUUAAAGUUCAUUGUAAUAAUAAACGCUUUUGUACAGAAUACUAUUUGUAAAAUAAAAUAUAAAAAUUACUUAAAU